AUGCUCCGCACCGGUGCCGUAAAAGCGCUUCAAGCUAUCACAAGAACCCAGGUUCCCCGACAGUUACCUGCUUUCCGCUCUCAAAUCACAUCUUCAUAUCUGCAAUCCUCCCAGGUCACUCCCGCAUUCGCCAUCUCAAGCAUAAGAUGCUACUCGGCCUCUGCGGGUCUCACAAAACCUGAGGUUCAGGGACGGAUAAUGGAUUUGUUGAAGAACUUUGACAAGGUCACAGACGCAUCAAAGAUCAGCGGAACGUCGCACUUCCAGAACGAUUUGGGUUUGGACAGCUUGGACACUGUCGAGGUCGUCAUGGCCAUUGAAGAAGAAUUCAGCAUUGAGAUUCCCGACAAGGAGGCCGAUGCCAUCCACAGCGUCGACCAGGCAGUCACAUACAUUGUCGCUCAACCUGAUGCUCACUGA